UGAUAAACAUAACUGAUUAUAAUGCAUUGUGGAUCGUAAAGUACCUAGGUCAAAUAUUUUAGAAAUCGUUCGAUGAAAUUAAUUUUGCUUUUUUACAAAAAAUAAUUAAAAAAUGAAACCAAUUGUUGAUUAUGAAGUUGCCACCGUCACGGAUCCGACACCGUUGAAACUUUUAACGCCUGAUGCCGAUUAUGCAAAAUAUCACAACACUUGGCUGGAAGAUAAAUGGUUUCCAUUCAUGGGUUUCGUAAUGGGUGCAGGUAGUAAUUUGUACGGAAAUAUAAUGUCUAGGAGACCUUUUUAUGCAGGAAUCCACAAAACUUUAGGCCUUGGAGCAAUAGCAGCUUAUGGUUUCUAUUACUUCAAACAGUACAGAAAUGAUUAUUUAGCUGAUAAAGAUGCUAUGUAUAGACAUUAUAUUCAAUUACAUCCUGAAGAUUUCCCUGCACCUGAACGUAAAAAAGUUGGUGAAAUGUUCAAAGAAUGGGUUCCAGUACGUUAAAGUAUCAAGUUUCAUGAACUUAUAUUCAGAAUUAUAAAUCAUUGGUUAUUUUUAUUUAGGCUGAGAAUUUUAAUUUACUAUAUAAAUAUAAUUUUGAAGCUAGUAUAUUAUUAUGUUUAGUUUUAAAGUAUAAUACUGAACAAUUUUUAAUAAACUAUGAAAUAUAAAACUAUAGAAACAAUAAAUUUAUAUUUUUUAGUUCAA